UAAGGAAGAAGUUGUAGCAGAAAUAACAGUAGUAACGACCGAUUGCUACGACUUGGAAGCAACUUUCCAACGGAAGAAGUGAACAAGAGAGAGAGAGAGAAAGAGAAAGAUAGAAUUUGACGUUUGUGCGAAUUUAAUUCUCUUGUCUUCCAUGAAAAUGUCUUUCGUGACUUUAACAUCGAUCAAUAUUAUCGUUCAUUUUAUCUUGAUCUUUCAUCGUGCACAGGGACAACUUUACGAAGGAAGUCGAUGCUCGACAAACGGAAAGGACGGUGUUUGUACAGUUUUAAUAAAAUGUACUGUCGUGUAUAACGAGUUACUAUCCGGUAAACCACCUGAAAAUAUUUGUGGAUUUUCGAAUUUCGAUCCGAUUGUAUGUUGCCCUAAGGAUGAACAAUUAAAUCGUGGUACAACAUCAACUACUACUACUACUACCACUACUACUACUACUACUACUACUACUACUACAGAACGGCCAAUAAAACCUACUAUAAAUGAACGAGGUGCUCUUGCUCGAGCAAAAUGUCAAGAAUACUCUCAGUAUGUCUACGAACUUCAAUAUCCACCAAUUUUAACGGCCAAUGCAAAACCAAUUAAUGUUUCGGUAUGUGGUGUUAAGGGUAAGACAUUGAUAGUAGGUGGUACUAUAGCACUUCCAAAAGAAUUUCCUCACAUGGUUGCAAUUGGUUACGAAAGUAGCGAUGGUAUUCUUUGGAACUGUGGUGGAAGUUUGGUUUCCGAGAGAUACGUUUUAACAGCCGCCCAUUGUACAUAUUCACAAGAUUGGGGUGGCGCUAAAUGGGCGAGAGUAGGCGAUCUGAAUCUUGCACGAACGGACGACAAUGCAAGACCAAAAAAUUACAGGAUAAUCAAAAGAAUUAGAAAUCCAAAAUACAAAAUACCUUCGCAGUAUCACGAUAUUGCACUUUUCAAAUUGGAAUCCAACGUGGAAUUCAAUGCAUACGUUAGACCUGCUUGUCUUCAAACUACUUUACCUGAUGCACCUGAAAAUAAAGCGACCGCUACCGGUUGGGGUUUGGUAGAUUGGCAAGACGAAACUGGGUCGGAUAAUUUAUUGAAGGUCACAUUAGAUAUUGUACCCCAAUCAUCUUGCAAUACAAGUUUCAACGACGGUGUAGAUAUUCAACUAUUACGUGGCAUCGUUGAAGAUUGGCAAUUAUGCGCUGGUGGAAUAGGCAAAGACACUUGUCAGGGCGACAGUGGUGGUCCAUUGGCAAUUUUCAAUAACGAACAUUUUUGUAUGUACAAUAUCAUUGGCGUUACGAGUUUAGGAAGAUUAUGUGGUACCAAUAUUCCAGGAGUAUAUACUAGAGUUUACAAUUAUAUACCUUGGCUAGAAAAUGUGAUAUGGGGUGAAAAUAAUUGAUAAAAAAUAUUGUAUUGUUAUAGAAUAAAUGCAUCCCUUUUUUUACUUUAUUAUUAAUA